AUGGGAAUUCUCUUUUCAUUAAGAAAGAUCAUCGCCAGUCGACACGGAAAUUGCCCAAAGGCGCGACUCGUGCUGAGGGCGACCACAUUCUCACCAACCAAAAAUGGUGUCUAUAUGAUGUCGCUUCAGUUGAACCCGAUCAUCCCCACUGACGAAGCUCCACAACGGAUUCUCCCUUCGGAAGUACGAGUCGCUAUCAAGAGCAUGAAACCUGGCAGAGCUCCCGGACCUGAUUUUAUAUCAGCAGACUUUCUUCGGGCUGGUGACCAUCCACUUCAUGCAAUCUUAGCAGCACACAUGACAUCCUACCUUCAGAAAGAAAGGAUCCCAGACCAGUGGAAGACUUCGCGAACCGUUCUUAUCCAUAAGAAAGGUGACCGAGAGGACCUUCGGAACUACCGUCCGAUAUGCCUGCUGAGUGUGUUAUACAAAGUGUUCACCAAUAUCAUCUUCACGCGCAUAUCUAGGACGCUGGAUGAGGCCCAGCCUCAAGAACAAGCUGGAUUCCGCCAAGGGUUCAGCUGCUUGGACCAUAUCCAGACCGUGUCGAGGAUCAUAGAGGUUUUCGGGGAAUAUCCGUUUGUUCUAACCUUGGUCAACUAUGAGAAACCUUUCGACAGCGUGUAA